GGAGGAAGCGGUGCAGGCCGGGGCGGUGGGGCGGGCGGUCCCCUCUAGCUCCCGAGCCAUGGCGUAAGGGGCUCCGAUCCGAGCCGGGGUGGGACCUGGGGGCGGGGCGAUCCUGAGCCGCGUGUCCCGCAGCCAUGGAGCAGGACGACCCGACCGAGGCGCUGACAGAGCUGCGUGAGCGGCGCCUGGGCGCGCUGGAGCUGCUGCAGGUGGCGGCAGGCUCCGGCCUGGCAGCCUACGCCGUGUGGGCCCUGCUGCUGCAGCCGGGCUUCCGUCGCGUGCCCUUGCGGCUGCAGGUGCCGUACGUGGGAGCGAGUGCGCGGCAGGUGGAAAAUGUGCUAUCGUUGAUGCGAGGUCGCCCCGGAAAGAUGGUGGAUCUGGGCUCUGGCGACGGGAGGAUCGUGUUGGCGGCCCACAGGUGCGGCCUCCGCCCGGCCGUGGGCUACGAGCUGAACCCGUGGCUGGUGGGGCUGGCACGGCUGCACGCGUGGAGGGCGGGCUAUGCCAGCAACGUCCGCUACCUCCGUGAGGAUCUCUGGAAGGGAUUUCUUCCUGCAGGUGAGCCUGAGGGACUGCUACAACGUGUCUGUGUUCCUGGCUCCCAGCGUGCUCCCAAUGCUGGAGGCCAAGCUGCAGGCGGAGCUGCCCGUGGGAGCCCGCGUGGUGUCUGGGCGCUUCCCCCUCCCCACCUGGGAGCCCGUGGCUGUGGUGGGUGAGGGCCUGGACAGAGUCUGGGCCUACGACGUCCACUGUGAUGGGCUAGCCAGGGAGGUUCCCUUCUCUCCAGGGACCCCCAUCCAGGCUGCUGUGGACCCUGGGGCCCCUGCCUCUCAUACCGGCUGUCAGACG